ACUCUGCGCCAAAGCAUCGCCGACCACCGUUUUCCCUUUUUUUUUUCUUCUCUUCUCUCCAUCUCACUUUCCAUCCCCCUCUCAGGCUCGGUACGCAGGUUACGCAUUUCUUAUUCCCUCUUUUUCUUCUUUUUGUCACUCUCCUGGGCUGAGAUGAUACCGAUCGGUCUGGCGCACAUAUCACGGUAAACAAAACAAACGCUCCGCCCGGCGUAGCAACACAUCGAGCAGAGCCAACAACCACACCCCCCUCCUCGCAGCGUGUUACCCCCCUCCCCAUAAACAAGCUUUUGAAGGCACGUCACGAACACUGCGACACCUUUUUUCUUUUCUUUUUUCUUUUCAGCUUGCUUCAAAAGGACGAAAACGAAAUAUAACGCCGGCACCCGAAGCGAUGGAGACCGUAACCACUCCCGGCGGCGACCGGCCCUCCACCCCGACGCCCUCCCAGCUGCCCCCCGUCCCCUCGUCGCCAGUCUACUCUCUCGCCUCGACCGCGAACCCGCUCUCCUCCUAUCACCUCCCGCUCCCGCCGCCCCCGCGGCCCCUCCAUGCCGUCCUCACCAAGUCCGACCUCGAGCUCUCCCAGGCCGCCUACUCCGACCUCAUCCAGACCGCAAAGUCCUACCGCCUCGCUCUCGCCUCGCUGUCCAACGCCGCCUCCGCCUUCGGCUCCGCCCUCGAGUCCUGCGCCCGCCUCAAGGAGGCCCGCGCCGAGUCCCUCUCGUCCGCCUCCCAGACCGGCGCCGCCCUCUCCGCCAGCUUCACCGCCGGCGCCAAAGGCGCCUGCACCGCCGACCUGCUCCUAUCCGCUUCAGGCGUCCACCACCUCAUCGCGAACCACCAGCAGAUCCUCUCCGAGACCGUCUACCGCGACUUCGAGGUGCCCCUGCUGCAUGAGAUCGACAAGUGGCGCCAGCGCGUCGAGGACGAGGAGGAGGCCUACCUGCGCGAGGUCAAGGCCCGGAACCUCGAGAUCAGGCGGCUCGAGAAGGAGGGUCUGAAGCUCCACAAGCAGCGCAGGCGCGAUGUCGGCAGCUUCAGGGCCCACCUCGUCGACCUGACGACCAAGCUCGACGGCCUGACGUCGCUACACGGGGACCACGCCAGGACAUUGCUGCGCGAGAGUCAGGACACGAGCGGGCGCAUCCUCGAGGCCUCGUGCAGCCUUGUCCGCGCCGAGGUCGACAUUUUCGAGUCGCUGGCGAGGAAGGGCUGGUCUGGCGGAGGGCUGGACGAGCUGCUGGAGAAGGGCGCCGACUUGUUCGCCAGCGACGAGGUCGGCGAGUACCCCGGGCUCGGCGCCAGCGCCGGCGGGUCCGCCGAGUCCGCGAAGCUGUUCAGCAUUCUGCCGCCCAAGAGCAUCCUCGCGGAUGCGGCGUCGGAUGUCACACGCCACGGGGGCCACCAUCGGGGCGACAGCCUCCUGAGCGACCCGGACCGAUACCAGAGCCUCACCGCCGCCGCCGCCGCCAACGCCACCGCAUCGUCGGGGCUGGGGGACGACAAUGACGCGGACAGCAUCUUCUCCGAAACCAAUUUCAACAGGUCCAGGGGCGUGCGGCCCUUCUCGCCCCAGCCUAUCAGGCGGCAUGCUACCGACGUCACGUUCGAUAGCCUGGGCGUCGGGCUGGGCGAGGACGCGCGGGGGGGCGACAGGGCGGCCGAGGAGACGCGGCACGACGUGCUUCGCGAGGAAGAGGAGGCCGAGACGCACGAUCAGACCGACUUCAAGAGCCCCUGGGAGGAAGAAGCGCAGCGCGGACAAGGGGGAGUACACGGAGGCGAGCCCGGCGACGCCGAGGUCGUGGAGGACGCGGACGCCGCGAACGGGGCGGCGGAGAGGGGAAGGCCGGGGAGGCGGUGGAGCGUGAAUGAAGAAGCGGACGGCGCAUAGUUUUGUGUUUUUUUCUUCUCUUCCUUUCCUUCUUUCUCUUUUCUUGGGGGUUUUUUUUCCCUCCGUCUUUCUUGAUGUCUCUUUUUGGUUUCAGCAACGGCGGCGGCGGCGAAAAUUCAUGAUUAGUCUUUGUUAUACCCACCCCAAUUUAGAGGCGUUUCUAUGGACGAGGGGACGCAACAAAUCUCCCUCCCUUUCCUCUCUCGGCGCUCACGCGCGCUCGAGCUGCAUAGUCUUACAAUUCGUUCAUGAAAGGAACCCCCCCCCUCCCCCCCCCUUUUUUUUUCUUUCUCUCUCC